GAGGUCUGAGGGGGUCUGCAGCGUUCAAGGGGUCUGAAAGUCUCCGCAGGUUUUCAGGAGGUUCAGACGGUCUGAGGGGUUUCAGGUUUCAGACUCCGGAGGUUUUGUUGGAUUUCCAGUUUUCCAGAAGUUUCUGGGUCCGAACUUAGAGUCCAGAUCAGCAGCAUGUUGGAGCUUCAGCUCGCGGUGCUGCUCGCUCUGCAGAUGUUUACCUGCGCUCAGGAGGGCGGGGCCAAGGAUGAUGUCAGCCUCCCGGAGCUCAGUGACGUGUGCACAGAGGGCAGCUGUUACCCAGCAACAGGAGACCUUCUGAUUGGCCGAUCCCACCAACUGUCAUCCACCUCCACCUGUGGACUGAACCGACCCGAACCGUUCUGCAUUGUCAGCCAUCUGCAGGAGGAGAAGAAGUGUUUUGUGUGCGACUCUGUGGACCCGUACGACGAACUGACGGAUCAGACGAGCGGUCAUCGUAUCGAAAACGUCGUCACUACAUUCGCUCCGAACAGACUGAAGACCUGGUGGCAGUCUGCGAACGGUCUGGAGAACGUCACCAUCCAGCUGAACCUGGAGGCAGAGUUUCACUUUACACACCUCAUCAUGACCUUCAAGACGUUUCGACCUGCUGCCAUGGUGAUCGAGCGGUCAGCUGACUUCGGGAAGAAGUGGCAGGUUUAUCGUUACUUCGCCUACGACUGCGAGACUUCGUUCCCGUCGGUUUCCCAGGGUCCAAUGCAGAAGGUCGAUGAUGUCAUCUGUGACUCACGUUACUCCGACAUCGAGCCGUCCACUGAAGGAGAGGUGAUUUUCAGAGUUCUGGACCCGGCGUUCAGAAUCGACGAUCCCUACAGCCCCAGAAUCCAGAACAUGUUGAAGAUCACCAACCUACGGGUGAAGUUCACCAAACUGCACACGCUCGGAGACAAUCUGCUGGACUCUCGUAUGGAGAUCAAGGAGAAGUAUUACUACGCCAUAUACGACAUGGUGGUCCGAGGAAACUGCUUCUGCUAUGGUCACGCCUCAGAGUGUGCCCCCAUCCAGGGAGCCAGCCAGGCCAGGGAUGGCAUGGUUCACGGUCACUGCAUGUGUAACCACAACACCAAAGGUCUGAACUGUGAACAGUGUCAGGAUUUCCACCACGACCUGCCGUGGAGACCGGCCGAGGGACGCAACACCAAUGCCUGCAAGAAGUGUAACUGUAACCAGCACUCAGACUCGUGUCACUUCGACAUGGCCGUGUUCGUGGCUUCAGGAAACGUCAGUGGAGGAGUUUGUGACGACUGUCAGCACAACACGGCCGGACACAACUGCGAGCAGUGUAAACCGUUUUACUACCAACAUCCAGAGAGAGACGUCAGAGACCCCAACAUCUGCCAGCCCUGUAACUGCGACCCUCUGGGCUCUCUGAACGAAGGAAUAUGUGACCGGAUGACGGCCGUUCGAGCCGGUCUCAUCGCCGGGCAGUGUCGCUGUAAAGUCAACGUGGAGGGAGAACGCUGCGAACGCUGCAAAGAGGCACAUUACGGACUGAGCGACGAGCCUGAAGGCUGCAGGGCAUGUACCUGCAGCCCUGUGGGAACACUUCCUGGAGAAAAUCCCUGCGACAGUGAAACAGGAAGUUGCUUCUGUAAACGUCUGGUGACUGGACGAGACUGUGACCAGUGUGUGUCUGAACACUGGGGUCUUAGUAAUGACAUGGACGGCUGCAGGCCAUGUGACUGUGACCUGGGAGGAUCCAUCAACAACCAGUGUGAUCAAGUGAGUGGUCAGUGUGUCUGCAGAGAUCACAUGUUCGGUCGUCGUUGUGAUCAGGUUAAGUCUGGAUUCUACUUCAUCGCUUUGGAUCACUACACCUACGAGGCUGAGGACGCCAAGUUUGGACCUGGAGUGACGGUGGUCCCAAGGCCCCAUCCUCUGGACCGCACUCCCACCUGGACAGGUAUUGGCCUGGUCAACGUCCCAGAGGGGGCCUUCCUGGAGUUCUCUGUGGACAACAUCCCCCACUCCAUGGAGUACGACAUCAUCAUCCGCUACGAACCUCAGCUGCCUGACCAAUGGGAGGAGGUUCUGAUGACAGUGAUGAGACCUGGACCAAUCAGAGCAGACAGUCGCUGUGUCAACACUGUGCCCGACGACGACAACCAGAUGAUCUCACUUCACCCCGGCUCACGGUAUGUGGUUCUUCCCAGACCGGUUUGUUUUGAAUCUGGUCUGAACUACACAGUCCGCCUCAGUCUGCCGCUGUACUCGGCCCUCAGCGACGUCCAGUCUCCAUACACGCUCAUUGACUCGAUCGUGUUGAUGCCUCACUGUAAGAACUUGGAGAUUUUCACAGCCUCAGAGGGAGGAGACUCCAGCGAGAACAGUGGUUGGGAAAAUUUUCAGCGUUAUCGUUGUCUGGAGAACAGCCAGAGCGUCAUCAAGUCACCAAUGACUGACAUCUGCAGAAACUUCAUCUUCAGCAUCUCCGCCAUGUUGCACCAGGGAGCUAAAGAAUGCCAGUGUGACCCUCAGGGCUCCCUCAGCACCGUGUGUGACCCCAGUGGGGGUCAGUGUCAGUGUCGCCCCAACGUGAUCGGCAGGAACUGUGACAGAUGUGCUCCGACCACUUUCCAGUUCGGACCCAACGGCUGCAGAGCGUGUGCGUGCGACCCACAGGGUUCACAGAGUUCGUUCUGCGAUCAGCUGACCGGUCAGUGUGUUUGUGUUUCGGGAGCAUACGGUCGGCAGUGUGAUCACUGUCUGCCAGGUCACUGGGGAUUCCCCACCUGCCGACCCUGCUCCUGCAACGGACACGCCGACGACUGUGACCCCAACACUGGACGCUGCAUCAACUGCAAGGACCAUAGCACUGGACACACCUGUGACAGGUGUAUGGAUGGUUACUAUGGCGACCCAAUGCUGGGGUCAGGUGACCACUGUCGGCCCUGCAUGUGUCCCGACGGCCCUGGCAGCCUGCGACAGUUCGCGGGAAAUUGUUACCGCGGUGACGACUCCCAGCAGGCCAUCUGUGUCUGCAACACUGGAUACAGAGGUGCUCGCUGUGACGAGUGCUCACCUGGUUACUAUGGAAACCCUGGGGAGGUGGGGGGGCAGUGUCAGCCCUGUCAGUGCAACAACAACAUUGACAUGUUGGACCCGGAGUCCUGCGAUGCACAAAACGGCGAGUGUCUGCGCUGCCUUUACCACAGCGAGGGCGCCGCCUGCCAGAGCUGCAAACUGGGUUACUACGGCAAUGCCCUGCUGCAGGACUGCAGGAAGUGUGUUUGUAACCAGCUGGGCAGCGAUCCCUCCAGCUGUCCGUCGUCCGGCGACUGUCACUGCGACCGCGGCAGUGGUCAGUGUCACUGCCUCCCGAACGUGAUUGGUCAACACUGCGAACGCUGCGCGCCCGACACCUGGAACAUGGCGAGUGGCCGCGGCUGUCAGACCUGUGACUGCGACCCCAAACAUUCGUACGGGACUUCCUGCAACGAGGUCAGUGGUCAGUGUUCCUGUCAGCCCGGCUUUGGAGGAAGAACAUGCAGCGAGUGUAGAGAGCUGUUCUGGGGAGACCCAGAGGUCAAAUGUCACGCAUGUGACUGCGACCCUCGCGGUAUCUCAGGGCCGCAGUGUAACAAAGUCAGUGGUCACUGUGUCUGUGUGGACGGGGUUUCUGGUCCACGCUGCGACGCCUGCGCCCGUGGGUUCUCCGGGACCUUCCCCGACUGCCGCCGCUGCCACGAGUGCUUUGCAGAGUGGGACCGCGUCAUCGGUCAGCUGACCAAUCAGACGCACCGACUCGUCAACAAGGUCAACACCAUCAAAGCCAGCGGAGUCAGCGGACCGUACAGGAAGUCCAUCGACAGCAUGGAGAGGAGCGUUGCCGACAUCCGGGUCAUCCUGAACCAGCACCCGGCCUCGCAACCGCUGACCGAGAUCCAGGAGCUUCUGCAACAAACCAGUGACCUGAUGGGGGCGCUGACCCAGAUGUUGAACCACACUGAACAGACUCUGGUCCAGGUGGAGGACUCGGACUCGGCUGCAGAAACUAAACUGGACUCUGUGACGUUGGAUGCUCAGAAACUGGAGCGGACGGUUCAGGAGCUGCUAGAUCAGGUCAAGUUCAUCAAGAACUCUGACAUCAGAGGGGCGACGGACAGCGUCAUCAAGUACUUCCUGCAAUCUAAGGCGGCUGAAGCUCAAGCCAACGCCUCCACCAUUGACCCGGGAAGCUCUGUAGAAACCUCCGGUGCUCUACGGCAACUCACAGAGGACAAACUGAACCAAACCAGAGAGGAGUUCCUGAGGAGACACACUGAGCAUGCUCAGAGACUAGACGACCUGGCAGGAGAGCUGCAGACGCUGGACCUAUCAGAGAUCAGCCACAAGACCUGCGGCAGUCCAUCAUCAGGCCAGGACUCGUGCUGGUCCUCUCCCUGUGGAGGUCUGGGCUGCGUGGACUCUGAGGGUCAAACCAAGUGUGGAGGUGAAGGAUGUGACGGCGUGGUGACGACAGCCAGCAGCGCCUGGAGGAAGGCCCAAGACUCUGAACAGGAAAUCAUCAGCGCCAUGGAGGAAGUGGAGAAACUCUCCAAGAUGGUGUCGGAGGCCAAACUGAAAGCAGACGAGGCGAAGCUGAGCGCUCAGGACGUCCUGAUGAAGACCAACAGAACCAAACAGAAAGUCGACCAGAGCAACGAGGAGCUGAGAGGUCUCAUCAGACAGAUCAGAGACUUCCUCACACAGGACGCUGCAGACCUGGAGAGCAUCGAGCUAGUGGCCAACGAGGUUCUGGCCAUGCAGAUGCCGACCACGCCGGCUCAGCUGCAGGCCCUGACCGACGAGAUCCGACAGAAGGUGGGAGAACUGGGACACGUGGAGACCAUCCUGCAGCAGAGCGCCGACGACAUCCAGAGAGCCGAGAACCUGCUGGACCAGGCCCGCAGAGCCAGUGAGGAGGCGGCAGACGUGAAGGACUCUGCAGAGAAGGUGAAGCGAGCUCUGAAAGAAGCUCAGAGAGCUCAGACUGCUGCCAGCAGCGCCAUCCAGCAGGCCGCCGCCGACAUCCAGAACACCAACAACCUGCUGUCAUCCGUGGAGUCGGAGACGGCCGACGCAGAGUUGAAGCUGAAUAACGCCACCCAGAGGCUUCAGCGGCUCGAGCAGGACGUGACGCGGCUGAGAGACAAAGCUGUAAACGUCACGCUGAGCACCGAACGGACCAAUCGGGAUGCAGCGAGCAUCGGAAAGAUGGCAGAGGAGUUCAAGAAGGACCUGGACUCGGAGCUGAAGGAUAAAUACGCCACAGUGGAGCAGCUGAUUGGUCAAAAGGCAGGGGGCGUGGCCGAUGCAAAGAAGAGGGCAGGUUUACUGCAGCAGGAAGCCAAAGAGCUGCUGCUGAAAGCCAGCGACAAACUGCAGCUGCUCAAAGAUCUGGAGAAGUCUUACGAAGACAACCAGCGGACUCUGGACGUGAAGGCGGAGCAGCUGGUGGAGCUGGAGGCUGCCGUGAAGGAGCUGCUGCAGGAGAUCAGCCACAAGGUCACCGUCUACAGCACCUGUCUGUUCUAAGGUCAAAGGUCACCGUCUACAGCACCUGUCUGUUCUAAGGUCAAAGGUCACCGUCUACAGCACCUGUCUGUUCUAAGGUCAAAGGUCACCGUCUACAGCACCUGUCUGUUCUAAGGUCAAAGGUCACCGUCUACAGCACCUGUCUGUUCUAAGGUCAAAGGUCAUAUUCAGAGCGUCAGAGUGAGAUGAAUUAAAGGCACAUGACCCAAUUUUUAACCUGAUCUGUGUGUUAAAUCUGAGCUGUUGACCUUUCCUCAGCAGCCAAUCAGAAGUGAGAACACUGCCCUAUGAUCGUCAUAUGAAGUCAACAGUUUCUUCUGUGACCUGAAACAAUCAGAGAAGAAAAAGACCAAAAAUUUAAGAUUUUCAUUCCAAAAUUAGAUUCUUGUGUUUGAAUGAUACCAAAGAGUUUAUUUGUUUAUAUGUAACCGCUCUGAGAUUGAAUGUUUGGACGUCUAACCGUCCCUGAACGCACCCUUAAACAGGUAAUGAACUAUAAAAUGUUCAAAAACAGUUUGAUCCUUUUAAGAGUUGUAAAACUCAUGAAGUCCAUUAAAAUGUGAGUUUGGAAAAUAAGUUGGAAGCAGCUGAAACUGAUCAAACUGAUUGAUUUGACACAAAUGAAUUUAAUUGGCUGGUUCAUCAAAUGAGAAAACAAACAAUCGUUUCAUUAAACCUUCAGUAAAGUUUAACUGCUGUAAAAGUUUUAAGUUGGAGUUUUGAGUUUUUAAAUCAGUUGAAUGUCUUCGUGAAUGUAAAAAAAAUCAAAGUGACUUUGAUUCCAGUUUAAAAGUGUGAAAUUAUGAAACCAUGUGACUGCAACUUUUUUUACUUCCUCGUUCUGUAUUUCCUGUAGUUUUCUGUUUCUACAAGGCCAAAACUUUAAACCCAAAAUGAUUUUUAAUAAAAGCGUCCAGUUAAAAUCC